AUGUCUCCCAGCAUAGUCCAACUUCCAUUCAUAAACGUACUUGUUCCUGUUCGGCUUACCUUCUCCUUCGGAGUCCUCGUUGUCAGUAUUAAAGCAAAUGUUGACAAGACUCUUGACGGGCGUGAAUGGGAGUCUAUGCUCAGUCACAAUGUGCUACUCGCCUGUGGCAUCUGCAACUUGGUGUGCGCUUUUGUCUCGCUUUUCCUCGCCUACAUCAGAGACGAAAAGCAACUUCCUCCUCAAACUCGUUGGGAAUGUGCGCUCUAUGGUCUCAUCACGCGUCUCGUCCUCUUGCCCUUAUGCAUCACAACUACCGUCUUGGUGGCGCUCGAGGCCACCAACUUUUCCGGUGUCGAGUUGGCGUGGGCAGAGUAUACACUCGCAUUACUUUCGGUGACAUUAAUUGUGGGCCUGGGUCGCAAGAUUCAUGCUAUGCGAGAAGCAAACGUAGCAGGAGAGCAAGAAGUGCAGAGAAUACUCAAGAACAUGAGAAGGUUGUCCAGUUGUACCACUGCAGUCUCAACGCCGCAGGUUCUACCGCAUAUCAUUCGCAAUUCGCCUGAAGGUGACAUCGAAUCUCUAUAUCUCGCAGAACCUCUCGGCAAUGAAAAGGCGCCUACUGUCUCUACGCUCACCUUUGAGGAUUCUCGUGGUGGCGAGUAA